ACUCUCAUAGUCCCUCCUCCUCCCUUCCAUAAGCCACCGAGCUGCAGGUCAGGGCUUCUUCUUUAUCGAACAUUCUUGCUGGCUGUCAAGGGAAGAACGUCCACCUGCUUACUGGUGGUCUGUCUUACUUGACUUGACCGUUUUCAACUACACCUCCUCUCUGCUACCGCACGCCCGGUACCGCCAGCACCACCACCACGACACCGUCGUUGCUUCACUGACCUGUUGCACGGGAACAUGAGCAUAUGAACCCUACUCGACCUACGUGUGGAAGCCAUCUGCCCUGACGACUGCGAACGAGGCGUUCUUAAUUCUAAAUUUCCUUGACGACUUGUGGAACUUUGCUUGGACGAGACUAGAACCUGCAUCAUACCCCAGUACAAUUCAAGUGGUACCAUGAUUGUGUAAGAGAGGGCAAGAGAUCAGAGAGGCUUGUUCGGCAUCAUGAUUGAGGCUUCUUCACCGUUGGCGGCCAUGCAGCCUCCAGCAUUCCUGGGCCAUUGUGGCUUUAGACCCGAUGGCUCUUCCUCAUACGCUUCUUUGGCCGCGACAUCUUUCGCCAACAACAGCUUCAAUUUCAAGGACUUGUCAAUGAAGAGAUCCCAUAUAGACUAUUUCAACUUGAAGCCUGUCCGGGGUUCUUCACCAACUGCUAGCCUUGCUGCUGACCUGUCCCAAAAUUUCCAUAUUGAUCAAAGCCCUCAGUUGCCAACGCCGCGGAGGGCACUGUUCCCCAAUACCAGCAUCUUUGCAGGGCAAGAUGGGCACUUAAAUCUCACCACACCUCCUAUUCCUUCGUCCUCACCUGGAGGUCAGGACGCAAUGGAUAUGGAUAUGUCACCUCUGCCGCACAAGGUACCCUUCGGAGCGGUAGAAAUCCAACUUCAAUCCCCCACGCCAGAGCCUACACCCAUGGAUUCACCGGUGUUCUCCAUUCCCUCUUCAACCUCUCUUGACUCACCAUCAGAUGUUCUCCCUGUGCCUCAGGAACGACGAAGAUCGGGUCCAUUGAGACCGUCGCUGUCGAGAGCGAAGGGUUUUAGUACCGGCUCAUUACCUCAACGACCUGCACCCGAGAGUCAGGCUCCACCCUUUCGAUUCACCGACUACAUGAAUAAUAAGCCAGCGACCUCUUCCUCCUUGUCUCUCUCUGAAAUCUUUGCCGAUUCGCCAAUUCAAGAGAAGUCAGCGUCUCGGUUCCCCCCUCCUGCCUUCGCGGCUCCACGGCCUCGCUUUGGCGUCUGUGCUGGAACUUCUCGCACUGGGUCUCCCAUCGGAGGGCAUGUGAGGAAAGGCUCAAAUCCUUCUGUGCGCCCUCGCAAGCAGUUCCGCCGGUCACUGAGUAUGUUUGAGCAUCCUGAGGAUGUCAUGAAGCGUGAAAAGGAACGAAUGAGCCCGCCCCCUCCUUUAUUGCCGUCCAUCAUGGACAACGAAGCUCCUCAUGUACCUCAACUUCCUCAUUUCAUCCCUGACGGCGAAGCUGGUGCCCUACCACGCAUCACCAAGGAAACCAUGAUUGAAGUCCUGGAUGGUCGUUUCAACCAUUCGUAUGAGAAGCUUGUCGUCAUCGACUGCAGAUUUGAAUACGAAUACAACGGCGGCCACAUCGAAGGUGCCGUAAACUUCAACGACAAAGAACAACUCUCAUCUCAGCUCUUCGACGUUGAACCAACCAAGAAGGCAUUGCUAAUCUUCCACUGCGAAUAUUCAGCUCACCGUGCACCACUCAUGGCUAAAUUCAUCCGCAACAGAGAUCGCACUGUCAAUGCAGACUGCUAUCCUAUUUUGACCUAUCCCGAGGUAUAUAUCUUAGACGGGGGCUAUAGUACAUUCUUUAAGGACUACCGGUCUCGGUGUUUCCCGCAGAACUAUGUUGAAAUGGAUGCCAAAGAACACGUUCUUGAUUGUGAACGUGGUCUCGGGAAGGUGAAACAACGAUCCAAACUGGUUCGAGCUCAGACCUUUGCCUUUGGCCAACAUUCCCCUUCGGUUGACUCUAGUCCUACAGCUAUGGGUCGAAGUCGACUCGACAGCGAUAUGGAUCUGGAUAUGAAUGUGGAAUUCACCCCUGUCGCCGGACCACGCAUGAAUCUAGGGGCUCUCCGUGGAAUGAACCAUCGCAUGGCUUCCUAUUAGCGGCUGUUUUUAUUUUCUUCCGACAUCAAUUGCGUUCUAGCCUGGCGUUGGGAGCGUCAUCAUUGUACCAUUUUUCUGGCAUAGGAUGUUAUUCAUCCUCUUAGCGAUGGGGUUCUCAGAGCUCCGGAGACAGUCAUCCCUGUGAGACACAACUGGUCUCUGGCUCACCUGCCUGUUACUCCUUGUAACUCAUCGAAUCAGCCAACCUCUCUGCAACUUUACUUGUCCUUACAGCCAUUUCUUCGGCACCAUUCCUUUUCCUUCUCUUCAUUACGAACGAUCGACUUUGAUGACAACAGUUCAUCUACUUUGAUUCCGAUACGGAGAAGCCACACAUUGAUUGGCAACGAAACUACGAAUAAUCCAAACGCUCAAGUGUAUUCUUCACACCCCUACCUCAUCUUCUCCAACGUAAAUGGUCGGCAUUUCCACGUAAAUGGUCGGCAUUUCCAAUGUUUUGGAACCAGGAACACCUUUACUUUUCAAAGCAUACAAUAUCGGCUCGGGUUUCAUCUUGGAGUUCGAGCUUGAUCCUGCAUUCUUCUUCUCAGCCAUUAGCGAAAUGUUUACAUAUACCCACUGGCGCGAUCGGUAUAGUGUUCGCAGGCGGCCUCGUCUCUUGGAGGGCCGUGAUUUUGAUCAAGGCGGUAUUGAAGAAAAGCAAAUACCGAAUAAAAGGUAUCGUUGCUGGGCGAAAGAGGCUCUGACGGCGCGUUCGACCCGUUACCAUGCCUUCUUCGUAUGUACAAUGCUAGUCUAUUUUUGACGGGUCAUCAUGCACAGAAUUUUUGUGACUUGGCGGGUAGGUGGGCAUUGUUAUUGAUAUGAGCGAGCAUUGGACCAGGCACAGCUAGCUAGAUAAAGCAUUGUUUUCAUGGCGUUCCAUCUGGAGGCCUUGGAGGCAUCAGCAUUGGGGAAUUGAAUUCCAAUUUCACACG